UAGAUAUUGUAUUCACCAUUAACACUUUGAACAUGGCAAGCCACCGUCUUAAACAUAAUAGUAGCGUACAUGUGAUUCAUGUCAAAUAUAUGUCUAGUGUAUACAAACCAUCAUCACUCGCUGAUGAAAUACAGUUUGAAAGCACUGAAGUUACAGAACAGAAACGCAGUGGGGAAGACGGUAAAAGGAUGGGCUCAUAGCACAGGCUUGCCGCGGUCAUGUGUACAAAAAGCAGGCGGCAGCACGAAGUGCGCACAAAAAUUGGAUUUCAGAAACGCUACUCGCAUUGCCGGAAGCUGGGGGUCAUGAAAAUGGACACGGCAGACCUUGAAGUGGAAAUGUACAGUGAACCAAAAAUCAAAGGGCUUGCCCAAAUCCAAGCUGAGGAGCGUGUGCAGAAGACCUCGUCAGACCUGCGCAGGGAGAUCCUCGACGUGGGCAGCAUCCAGAACAUCACCGGGCUUGCAUGGCCCACUGUGUUUCAGUCAAAAUAUCUCAGACUGCAGCAUUUAAAACAAAUUGGUUUACUUCAGACAGGACCCAUUGAUGUCCCAAAGUUCCUGAAAGCAGCUGUCGAAGGGAAAAUGAAAAUCAUUGAGACGUUCCUUGAGGAUGGAGGCAACCCAGAUUCAUGUGAUGAGUUUAAAAGGACAGCCCUGCAAAGGUCAUCUCUUGAGGGUCACACUGAAAUUGUUCAGAAACUCUUGUACAAAGGUGCCGAUGCCAACUUCAGAGACAGGGAUGGGAAGACCCCCAUAGAGCUGGUGAAGCAGUGGCAAUUCGACACCAAGGAUGUGCUGGAGGGACUGGUUCAGAGAAACAGGCCUAGAGGGGGGUAGAGGAGAGAUUAUAAGAGGAAGGGGAGGGUUGAGAAACCCAAAUUGGCUGGUGGUAUAUUUCAACCUCCAUAUUGCGUAUUGACGGUUGUUAACUUCAGUUGUAAGAAAUGGCAUACAUGCAGUAUAUACACUCCCCAAUCCAUUGACAUAUAUAUAGAAAUAUAGAAAUUUAGAAAUUGGC